AUGGCCGUUAAGCUCUUUCAAGCAAAGCAAGAAACAGAUUUCCGAGUAAAAGUGGGUAGCUACUUAUCAAUACCGUACGGUACAGUACCGAUUUACCUGUAUCAAACUGAUAAGCGAGCAGAAAUGAUGUCCAUCGAAGGUUCUCCAAGAAUUCACUGGUAGCUUGAGCUCCAGAACCCCGCCGUGGACCAACGCUCGUCACAUAAUCAGAUACAAACUCUUGUGGAUUGCCCAUUUUCAUUGAGAUGCAGGGAACCUGGAAGUGAUGGCACAUCGAUUUGAUCAGUGAUUCGUCAAGAAGAUCGUCAGAUGGUGGAAUGAGGACGGCUACGACACUGUGUUGCAUAACAUCACACAUUAGCUCUUCGAAGCUAG